AUGGGUGGCCUGGUGCUGCUGCUGCUCCUUUUUCUGCCUUUUGCUCGUCUCCGACCCGAAAAUGAUGGCAUGAUUUCGGCGGAAGUAGUGUGUGACGUGACGGGGUGGCCAUGGCACCCUGUGCAUGACUGUAAACGGGUGACACGUAUCCCAUAUCCACCCGCUGUCGAUGAAGAUGUCGAUUGGGGUAUCGCCUACAUUGAAGAGGUCAACAAUGGCGAUGGCACAUAUACACUCGUGGCUUAUGAAGAGCCACCAGAUCUCGAUCCAUACGAGCGGAAGCAGUACCCCAAUUUCCCGAUGCAACUGGUCGCCGCGGCCAGCUGGUCUUUCAUGGAAUUGACUGAGAAACACUUUCAAACGAGGUUGAGCUCCAUCAUUCCCCAGAAUAUCUACCCGAGGACGUUCGAGUAUCAGUACGACGACAACAACUACAAGGAGUACAACGAGCACAACUACUACGACGACCACGACUGCAGCAAGUACAACCACGCCAACUACUACGAUGACGACCACUACGGCAAUACCGCCAAAACACCACCACCGCCCGGCCAUUCUGAUGAACAUGGUGGCGAUGAUGAUGAUUCGGAACUCUCGUUCGUGGAGAUCAUCUUCGGUGUCUGUGUCUGUGUACUGCUCUGUGUCGCGUUGACGGCCGGCAUUUGGAUGAUUUUUUGGAAGAGCGGAAGGGAGGAGCCCCGAUCCGUCUCGUUGGACCCAGCCUCAGUCUCCGUCCAGUCUCAAUCUGUGUCGAUCAGCAGUGAAGCAUCCCAGGCCUCUCAACGCUCUACGGCCAGUCAACAGACAUCACAAAGACCAUCGAUGAGUAGUGGAAGGAAUCACGCU